CACCCCUCUUAUAUCGUAGCUAAAGAAAACCUUAGCGCCUCCCCUCCUCGCUGCAUUUGUCUUCUCCCGCACCACGCACCUCCCCUCGUGACGAGCUCCCCCUCCCCUUGCGAAGAACUUCUCCAUCCGCGACGCGCAGCUCCAUUGCCGACCUGCAGCUCCCCUGCACGUCUCUUUCAUCCUAAGUCUCCUCCACCGUCGCGAUCCUUCUUCGUCUAAGUUUUAGGUUUUCAAAUCAAUUUGAAGUCCCGGGAACCGGAGUUGAGUGAAUUGGUAUAUGAAUUGCGAAAAGCUCAGCAAUCCAAGCAUGCAUAAGAAGAAGAAGCUGAAGCACACAGUGAACAAAGCAAAAGAGCAAUCGAUCAUGGAGAAUAAGAAUCAGAAUGACAAGAGCAAGAGCAUUCACGACAUCCUUCCUCUUGACUUGAUUCACAUAAUCCUUCUGCGGGUGCCGAUCAGACAUCUGGCUCGCCUCAAGUGCGUUUCCAAGCUCUGGUGCUCUCUCAUUUCUGAUCGUGACUUUGCUGAAUUGCAUUUUCACCACUCUCCCGCUGCCACCAACGCAUGUUUCUUCAUGAAAAACGACACUACGGCUUACUUGGUUUACUUAGACGACAAUGAUGCAUCAGAAAAGUUGGUGUGUCCCCCUUUCCAGAAGAAACCACCUUCCAAUUUUUCAGUCUUAGGAUCCUGCAGAGGCUUUAUUCUCUUCCAUCGAGACCCACAUUUUCUUGUGGUAUGGAACCCACUCACUGGAUCCAGCAAAAGAAUAUCCUACUCUCACAUUGUUCAUCGUAGUAGUAAGCCCCCUGGCCCUAGGAUUGGCUACGAUGUGUAUCUGCAUGGAUUUGGCUAUGAUGCAUCACAGGAUGAUUACUUACUUCUUGUAGGUUGGUGCGAUUGUGAAGGACAAUAUCAUUUGGAUUGCUUUUCCUUGAGAACCAAUUCAUGGAUUAAUCAUGAUGCUGCUGUCCCCAAAAACUUGGGUAUUCAACUCUUGGGUUUUCGUUACUGGCAUUCUGGUGGGUUGUUCUUUAAUGGCGCUGUUCAUUGGGCGCCUUGGGAUCUUAAAGAUUACAGGGAUGUUAUUAUUAUCUUUGAUCUCAUGAAAAUGACUUUUUCAACUAUAUCUGUGCCGGAACAACUGUCAUGCUCCUCUCCAAGUCUUACCCUACUCGGAAACUGCCUAGCCUUGUAUUCUGGCAAUGAUGAUUGCCGUAACACUGACAUAUGGGUGAUGAAAGAAUAUAAAGUGCACUCAUCUUGGACUCUCUAUCAGAUUCCUUGCAAGGACUUCCGGCCUCUGUGCUUAUCUAGUAAUGGGGAUAUUAUUGGAAGAGGUUAUACUUCGUAUGAUAAAACGGGGUACUUCAUAUAUAAUGUCCGAGGAAACCUGCUUAAGCAUUUUAAAAGUCUGUGUUGUCAGCUUCCCUACCGUGAACGCAAUAAUGUGUAUACAGAGAGUCUCUUGCCACUCCCCAGUGACAUUAAGGAUAAGGAUAACAAUAAGAAGAUGAAGAAGGAAAUCGGAAUCAUUGAUCACGGUCUUGCUUCCUGUAGUCCGGGCUUGUGGUGCAGUUUUGAAGUUUAGAUCAUUUUCAUGUCUAAAACUGUCUUUUAACCGAAUAAUCGAAAAAAAAACUUUGUCUUUUACCUGAGCUUUUUUUUUGCAGGCCCUCAAGUUCACCAUGAAUAUUUUGAACAACCUGAUGUUGCUAAAGGUUAGCAUCAAACAAAGAAAGAGAAUUAGGAGCCAACAUACAAGUGAAGAGCUUGACACAUGGGGAAAAAGAAGAUUUGAAAAGUGCAAAUGAAGUUUAGUUGGUUAUGCAAAACUCUAGAUGUUUUAUUUCUUGGUUGGUUAUGUCAAACUUUAAAUGCUUUAUUUUGCAGAUUGCAUAAUGUACUUUUCUUUUAUCAUGUCAAAACCUUAUGAAUCCAAUCCUAGAAGUUUUAAUUGUAGAUUCUUUUGGGGAUAAUAUGUUUCUCCUGCAAACUUGAGAUGCUAGGUGUGGAGUCUGGUGAAUUUGUCAAAUGAAUCUCUUGUAAAAUUUCUGCUUAUCUCUGUUUUAUCGAGCAAUAUACGCUUAUUUUAUUAA